GGUGCGUAGCUCUGCGGCCUCUUAGCAACGCGAGAUGGGGGUCAGGUGACACAACCAGCUGAUUCUGGUAAAGGAAGACACUGGCCGGGGCUGUGGCAGCCCGGAUUCCCCGGCUGGUAACUCGAGGCGAACAGUCGUCGUCAGAAUGUCGAGCAAAGACCGAAUUGAAAUCUUUCCCUCACGAAUGGCACAGACCAUCAUGAAGGCUCGAUUAAAAGGAGCACAGACAGGUAGAAACCUCCUGAAGAAAAAGUCUGAUGCCUUAACUCUUCGAUUUCGACAGAUCCUAAAGAAGAUCAUAGAGACUAAAAUGUUGAUGGGGGAAGUGAUGAGAGAAGCUGCCUUUUCACUUGCUGAGGCCAAGUUCACAGCAGGGGACUUCAGCACUACAGUCAUCCAGAACGUAAAUAAAGCCCAAGUGAAGAUUCGAGCAAAGAAAGAUAAUGUAGCAGGUGUCACUUUGCCAGUGUUUGAACACUACCACGAAGGAACUGACAGUUAUGAGCUGACUGGUUUAGCCCGAGGUGGGGAACAACUGGCUAAAUUAAAGAGGAAUUACGCCAAAGCAGUGGAACUACUGGUGGAACUGGCCUCGCUGCAGACUUCCUUUGUUACUUUGGACGAAGCCAUUAAGAUAACCAACAGGCGUGUAAAUGCCAUUGAACACGUCAUCAUCCCCCGGAUCGAACGCACCCUCGCCUACAUCAUCACAGAGCUGGAUGAGAGAGAGCGAGAAGAGUUCUAUCGGUUAAAGAAAAUACAGGAGAAGAAAAAAAUUCUCAAGGAAAAAUCUGAGAAGAACUUGGAAAAACGGAGGGCAGCUGGGGAGGUGACGGAACCUGCCAAUCUCCUGGCUGAAGAGAAGGAUGAGGACCUUCUGUUUGAAUAGUUGUCUUUCCUGCUCUGGCUCUCCCAGAAAUCCUAACAUGGCACCAUUUUAGUUCACGGUGUAUAGGUUUGGUUUGUGUAACUGUUUAUUUUUCAGCCUAAGAAUUUCACUGGUGGUAAAAUUUCCCUGAACGUCUAUUUAUGGGAGUACCUUUGCAGAAUCCUAAUUUAGCAACCUUUAUCACAGAUGAGAUUUCGAUAAACAAGUUUACGCUGCAGAAGAGCACUGUACUCCACCUGCAUCUGUGUUACAUGUGAUCGGCUUACCCAGCACAUUAGGAAGUUCCCCUUAGGAACCAGCAGUGGUCUCAGGCCAGCUGCUGCAGGAGCACCCUUCCCUCCCACCCACUCACCGGCGCUGUCGCCUGUAAUCGCUGCAGCCCUCCUUGUGCCACUGUGGCACUGCUCUCCUCAAGCUUUCUGGAAGCCCGCACUUACGUUGCUUUUCAUGACAGGUCUCUGUCCUGCCUGUCAUGGAGCAGUUUUGCCAUGUGCCAGUUUUCAAUGUGACUAUGGUAUAAACAGUAAUAUCAUUUAA